AAAAAAAAAAAAAAUAUCUCAAAGGGAAAAUUUUGAACUUGUGAUUUGAAAUAGAUAUCCAACUAAUCAAAAUAUCAUAAGUAGAGGCUUAUCAAUUGCCAACUAAAUAGUCAAGUCAAGUAAAGAGUGCCUGAAGGUAUCUUAGUUCGAAAGUUUCGUGUUUAGUGCGAAUCAUUCUCGCCUAAUUCGUGUUGUUGUUGUGUCUCCUUUAAAAAAAAGAAAAAUUAUUCACUAAGUAAUCAUGCCAUCGGAUAAAUCUAAUAAUACAGAAUCCCAUACCGAUCAAAAGUCUUCAGAUCAAGUAAUAGAAUCUAAAGAGAUUGCUUUAUCAAAUCUAAGAUGUCCAUCCCCUCCUCCAAUUUUGAAUAAUGGUCCUCAUUCAUUCAAUGUUCCCACAUCUCUACCUUUACAUCAAACUUCUGUCAUUAAUAAUCAACCAGGAAGAGAAACAAUAAUAGCUGGAGGAGCAUUGUUGAAAGAUAAAGAAAAAUCAUCCGUUACUCAAGCUUCUCCAGACGUUGUACCUACAAAUAACCUCCCUAAAAUAAGUCCAUUAGGUUCUCCUCUGAUUGGAGAUGUUAUGAGUGAUCAUAAUGAAUCAGUAACUUCCUUAGAUUAUACUUUAAAUCCUCCAAAGGGUAAUUCUCAUCAUAAAUCUCCCUCAGUGCAUGCACAUUUUUAUGUCGAUGAAGCAGUAAAACCAGGUAAGACGUUAAGUAGAUCAAGAAGUGGGUCAGUGAUUGGUAGUUCAACUGAUGUGGCCAGUGCUACUGGUACAGUCACAAGUUCUACCAACGGAAAUAUAUCACAACCUGAUAAACAGUCAACAACUUCACUUACCGUGCCUUCAAAUACAACCAAUAAGGAUACUUCCACUCCAUCAUCAAAUACAUCUGCUCCAACCUUACCUACAGGUGAACAGAAUGCUAAUAUUGAUCCAAGAUUACCGCAAGAUGAUGGUAAAAUUCAUAUUUUAUUAGGGGUAUGUGGAGCAUUAUCUUCAGGUAAGAUUAAACUUAUCAUAGCGAAGUUAUUUGAAAUAUAUACUCCUCAAAAGAUCUCCAUUCAAUUAAUCUUGACCAAAUCAAGUGAAAAUUUCAUGUCUCAAGAGACUAUAAAUCAUUUGGAAAACAUCAAGAAAGUUAGAAUUUGGAGAGAUUCAGAUGAAUGGAAUACAUGGAAAGGCAGGCUGGAUCCCGUCUUACAUAUUGAAUUACGUCGUUGGGCAGAUAUGUUAAUCGUUUGUCCUUUAACUGCUAAUACAUUAUCAAAAAUUGCUUUAGGUAUAUGUGACAAUUUAUUAACCAAUGUAAUAAGAGCUUGGAAUACCUCAUUUCCAAUCUUAUUAGCCCCAGCUAUGAUUAGUUAUUCAUAUAAUGCUGUAACCACCAAACGUCAAUUAAGAUUAAUAGCCGAAGAAAUGCCAUGGAUAGAGGUUUUAAAACCAGUUGAAAAAGUGGUUGGAAGUUAUGGUGAUAUUGGUAUGGGUGGUAUGAUGGAUUGGAAUGAAAUUGUCAACAAAAUCGUUUUGAAAACAGGAGGAUAUCCUGAAGAUGAAGAUGACGAAGAAGAAGAUGACAAUAAGAAUAAUGAAGAAGAAGCUGCGGAUGAUGACGAUGAUGAUGAAGAUGACGACGAAGAUGAAGAUGACGACGAAGAUGAAGAUGAGGAUGAAGAUGAGGAUGAUGAAAACGAAGAAGAGGAAGAGGAUGUCACUCCUGCCGCCAAACCAGAAGACAAAGCCAAUGGUAAAAUUGAAGCUGCUGUUGAAAAGUUAACUAUUGAUAAUGGUGAAGCUAAGAAAAUAUAAUCAAAUGAUCGCUAGCUGGUUUGGCGUAUAAUGUAACAUAAAGCAUAUAAUUUUUUUAACUACAUACAUA